CACCCGUAACCCUCCCCACCAACACCAUCCCCCGCCGCACCACCUGCAGCUGCAAAUACCAACUCCUCCAAUACCAAGGCUGCAACCACCGCAUGCUGGUCCUGGACAAAUGCCCUGGCUUCGGACCGGGACCCUGUAUGCCCGAGUACGAAGGCAAGGAGUUAUUCGUUACGGAUUGUGUGUCCUAUUUGCUUUGACGGUGAAGAGGUUAUCGAGCCGGAAGACAGAAAAGGGAAAGGCAAAGAAAGGGAGAAGGAAGGAGGUCCGGUUGGUGAGGGAGAGAACAACAACGGGAUUCAAGCAGAACGUAAGGUUGUUAGUGGUGGUGAAGACAAGGCGACACAGACAGAUACUAAAGAAGUUCCACUCGCUGAGCCAUUGACCCAAGACUUCCAACCCUCAUCCACCAGCUUCCCGACCCCAACACCCACCGCCGCCCUAAGAAUCGCCAAACUACAAACCCUCCUCUCCAAAACG